AUGGCUUUUAUGUUAUAUGUUGAAUUUGAUGCUAGCUCAGAAUUAAUAGCUACAAAGAUGCUUGAAAAUUUAGCACGUAUGGCUAAUAUUGUACAUCGUGAUCAUUCCGACGUAUAUACAUAUGUAUUUCGAUAUGCACAUGAAUCAAAAACUAAACUUAUUUUUACUGAGUUAUAUGCUAAUGAACAAGUAUUUCUUGAACAUUCAAAUGAUGCCGAAUUUCGUAAACUUUAUCAACGAACUUUUAAUGGUACAACAGGUAACAGUGGAAAAGAAUUAUGUAUUAGACAAGAUAUUAAUAAUCCAUUAUUACCAAUAACUGCAAAUAUACUUGAUAAUUAUUUACAUGUUACCUAUGUUUCUCUUCAGCAAGGUUUUUUAUAUCGAAAUAUAACUGGUGAAAUGAAUGGAUGUCUUCUUAUUGUAUGUAAAGGUUGUGGUGAACAUGUUUAUGAACAAUUAAAUAUACUUGUUAAUUGUGUUACAUGUGUAACAUUUGAAGAAUCAGAUAGAAGUAGACAAUUAAUUGCUAUUAUUGCGCAAAUUCCUAACGAAAAAAUACCAAUUACAAAUGAUAAACCAUCAAUUGAUACAAUGGAAUUAGUUUGUUCACAUGAAGAAAUUAUUCAAAAAUUCAAAGAUAUAAUUAAUGAUCAUUUUCAAAUUCAAUCUUUACAAGUUCAAACAAAUUUUAGUGGUUAUAUUUAUCAUAAAUUUCUAUAA